UCCGUGUGCUGGGUGACGUCAUGAGGGGGCGGCUCCCCGCGGCGUGGGCGUCCCGCGGGUGUAAUGUGAGCUGGGGGGGAGGAGAGCCCGGGGCCCCGAGCGGGAGGUGGAGACGAUCCUCACACCGGAGCUAGGCACCGAGCGGAGAGCACAGCAGCAGCAGCCGAGAGAGAGAGAGCGGGACACAGCCAUGAAGACCCCGGCCGAGCCAGGGUUUGCCUUCCCUGACUGGGCCUAUAAGCCAGAAUCCAGCCCGGGCUCCAGACAGAUUCAACUCUGGCAUUUCAUUCUAGAGCUGCUGAGAAAAGAGGAAUAUCACGAUGUCAUCGCCUGGCAGGGGGACUACGGAGAGUUUGUCAUCAAGGACCCAGAUGAGGUGGCACGUUUGUGGGGUGUGAGGAAGUGCAAGCCCCAAAUGAACUAUGACAAGCUGAGCAGGGCACUCAGGUAUUACUACAACAAGCGGAUUCUUCACAAAACCAAAGGCAAACGCUUUACCUACAAGUUUAACUUCAACAAGCUAGUGUUGGUGAACUAUCCAUUCAUCGACAUGGGUAUGUCAGGGGGGCCUGUACCUCAGAGUGCUCCGCCAGUCCCAUCAGGUGGUACACACUUCCGUUUUCCACCCUGCACCCCAUCCGAUGUCUUGUCUCCCACUGAGGAACUACGUUCUCCAACUCUCUUCUCAUCCGUGGCACGACGUCUAGCACGUGGUUCAGUCAGUGACUGCAGUGAUGGAACUUCAGCCAACUCUGAAGUAGAGGAAAGCUUGAGCGAGGAGCAGCACAGAAGAGGCCCUGGGCCUGACAUCCCAGCAUUCAGGGGGCCGCCCCUACCACGACUCUCCCAUGAGGGCAUUUUUAGGGUCUACCCACGUCCACGGGUGCCAGAACCUCUUAGCCCGUUCCCAGUGUCGCCCAUGGGUGCCCACACUGGCCUUCUGCCUCCACAGCUUUCUCCUGCCUUACCUAUGACUCCCAAUCAUAUGAACUACACCCCAUCACCCACUUUGAGCCCCAUGUACCCAGGUGGUAGUCAUUUUUCAUUCAACCCUGAAGACAUGAAGCGAUACCUUCAGGCACACACGCAGAGUGUAUAUAAUUACCACCUCAGCCCGCGGGCAUUCCUGCACUACCCCAGUAUUGUGGUGCCUCAACCUCAGCGUCCGGAAAAGCCUCUACAUUUGCCUCCUGAUGAGCCUUCCUUCAAAUUUAAACUCCAGCCUCCUCCACUUGGAAAAAAGCAGCGGGAACGACCCUUGCCACCUGGUUCCUCUACCUCAUCCUCUUCUGGGGUUCCGCAAAUUAAAGUGGAACCCAUCUCUGAUGAUGAGGAGGAUCUGAUGGUGGAGGUGACAGAUAUAAGUGAAGACGAGGAGGAAGAAGACGAGGAGGUGUUCAAAGCACCCACAGCACCAGAGCAAAAAGCUCCCCUGCCUGUGUUACCUACCAGGGAAGAAGAAGCUGGCAACUUGGGCAGCGAAAGCGGCCGCUGUAUACCUCUUAAGUUGCGCUUCAAGCGCCGCUGGAGUGAGGACCAACGCCUGGAGGCAGAGGGAGGCGGAGAGGAGGCUGACAAAAAGGUGCGGAGUAACCAGGAGGAGCCAAAGCUUCCCCCACAUCCUGGCGGUGCUCCCUGCAGAAGGGUGAGUACCGACCUGCAGAGAGCAACAGAGGAACUCUCACUGGAAAGCAGGGAUUCCUAAUGGAAGACUCACUGGGCCCACCAAUCACGGCCGAGUCCACAAUAUGCAGAUCGAUUCCCUUUGUGGGAUCAUGUUCCAGCGGAAUUUAUUCCUCCACAACCCAAAAAAGAUCAUUUUAGAUUCCUUAAAAUGAAAAACAUUUUUUCAAUCCCGUAUUUUCCUUAAUUUUAUCAUUUCUUCGGGGAGACUUUAAAAGGAAAAAAAACAAAACAAAUUACCUGGUUUGCUGUAGAAAGGCUUUUAUCUGUAACAGAAUUAAAUUGCUUUAAAUGAUUUCACUUA